AUGAGUCUUGUCGGGGAUAGACUUGAGGGUGGGGCUUACACUGGCCGACCUAAGCUGAGCUUGUCGGAGGAGUCUGGAGCAUCUGGUCAGUACGACUCGGGCUAUCGGACGAGUACUGGGAAGACUGUGACUACUACUGGUAUCGGUGACAGCCAGCUGGAAACAGGGUCCGUGACAGGAACAGAGGCCGUCUACUCCCGAGCAUCUCCUAAUGUCAUCCACGUGGGGGACCCAACCUCUAACUACACCACGGUGAUUAUUGUCACCAGUGAUGACACAUACGGGAACACACGUAUAGAGCUCACACCCCAAUGUCCCAUGGAAGAGAACCACCAUAACGCGGAGGAAACCACCCAGGCCCCAAUCCAGGCGCACGACUGUGAUAGAAAUGCUAAAACUGGAAGUUUGUUAAAAUCAGUGCAUUUUCAGCACGAAUCUUCCCAUGAUGAAGAGGCUGUGAGAGAAGGCUGUCAGACAAGCCCCACCGAAGGGGUGGAUGUAACCCCCGGGCGGAGGCCCAGUGAUAUAAUCAUGUCUUCCAACAAAACUAAGUGCUCUCAUGCUCUCCCACAGACAGCCCCGGGUAAGCCCAAGGUGCCCCCUCCCCCUCGGAUGUCGACGGAGAAUGAGUCUGGCCAGUCUUCGUGUAAACCUUCCAGUACCGCCAAUAAUAAAUCUUGUCACCCUCCGAAGAGGCCAGACAAACUGCCUGAAUGUAAGGAGGCUUAUAAAGCGAGCUUAGGUUCCGUUACUGGUGUCCACAGGCGUUGCUCGGAUGUUACCAAUAUUGAUGGCAGACUGAGUAAAGUGUGGACUGGGGCUCCAGUGUCAUACAAUGACAGCCCUUCCAAAAAUGUAGAAUGUUCCUCGAAGGGUGGACGUAUAAAGGAGCUACAGCAAGUGUUAAUGAAACAGGCUAACCCUUUCUCGCCUGCGGUGAAGAAGCCUCAAGACGAUACCCCAGAAAAUAAUACUCGACCUCGAUCAACGUCAGCACCACAAGUGAUGCCAUCAGCUGCUGUCAUGCAAAUGGCAGCCAGGAAAGCUUCUCUGAUCAGCAACGACAGUGGCCCUAGGUCCCCACCCUGUGUAGAUCAUAGGCCCCCUGCCCCACCGCCUCCACUCCACACAUGCAGCCAUGCACCCAAUCCUGCCCCGCGUGUUCUACCAGCACCACCCCCUCUCCAAACAUCCGGGCCACCCCCACGACCCCCUCCGCCAACCACAUCUCCUCCUCCUCGCCCGCCACCGCCGGUUUUACCUUCUUCAUUCCCCUUUUCACCACCGCCACCACCGCCACCGCUCCCACCACCCACGUAUGUGUCUUCUACCUUGCCUUUGGUGAAUCGCAGAAAUAAUUCCCCCACGGAGUCUAGCACAUCAGGGGGCAGACAGACCGCUAAAUACAACGAGAGUGCUAUGGGCACGAAAACUGAGCCAGUGGAUGACGACACUCGCAUUCGCAUGGCAGACAUCAAAAAUAUGCUUCAGCGAGCCGGAACGUUACCCGGCGAAAGAAACAGAAAUUAUGGAAGCUUGCCCGAUCUUCAGCUUGUUGGUAGAAAAGACAGAGACUUGUCAUCUUCUAGGACAGGAGGUAGAAAAAGUCGCGAUGAGAGCGGAAGGCGGGAAGACCGGAAGAGGGGCGGCAACCGGAAGAGUUCUUCUAAGCCUAGAUCUAGCACUCCUAGUGAGAGAACAUCUGUGUCGGGAAGUUCCACCAGGUCCCCCAAAUUACCACAUAAAAAUAAGAACUACAAACCUCUCCUAGCUGAAUAUUUCAGAUCGGAAGAUGUCAUUGAUGGAGUGGUUUACGGAACAGUGUAA